AGGGCACAGGGGUAUAUAGCGGGGUGUGUAGGGCACAGGGGUAUAUAGUGGGUGAUGUAGAGGGGCACAGUUGGUGUCUGGUGGCAGAGGGCUCAGUCCUGUACCCCCCCCCAGUUGGCACCCAGCUCUUGCCAUGCGGCUGACCCUACACAAGAAGAAGAUCGCCGCCCUGCUGCUGCUCCUGGCCCUCGGCACCUGGCUGCUGCUCACAUCUUCCCGCCUGGAUGACCCGUCGCCCACGGAGCCGCCCAGCGAGAAGGAUCCCUCCGGCUUCCAGCUGCCAAGUGGCGCUCCGCUACAGAAGAGACUGGCAGCCUACCGCAACAACCUCCGGCAGCCGAUGCGCAAUGCAGAGCAGUUUCCUGGUCGUCCUGAGCUGGUGCUGGUGGUGCAGGUCCGCGGAGGGCCGGGCAGCGGGUCCCGGCUGCAGCUGCUGGCUGAGUCUCUGCAGAGCGCUGGCCCGGGGGCCACUAGCCGCCUACUACUGGUGCUGAGCAUGCAGCAGCCGUGCCCGGAGGCUGCCCGCGCCAUGGCGUCCAUAAACUUCUGCCGGGUGCUGCCAGUCUACUUCCCAUACAGCCUGAGCUUCUAUCCGGAUGAGUUUCCUGGCAACGACCCUGCCGACUGCCCACGGGAUAUGCCCAAGGAGUCUGCCCUUCUCAAAGGCUGCAGCAAUGCCAAGUACCCGGACAGCCACGGCCACUACCGAGAGGCUGCCUUCACCCAGGACAAGCACCACUGGUGGUGGAAGCUGCACUUCAUAUGGGAGAGGGUGCGGGAGGUGAGCGGGCACGGUGGGCAUAUCCUCUUCCUGGAUGAGGGCAGCUACCUGUUCCCAGACUGGCUGCACGUCCUAAGGCUCAUGCAGAAACAAUGCCAAGAGGAAGGCUGCCACAUGCUGAGCCUGGGUGGCACGGGUGUCCCGGAGACGUCACCGGACCCGCAGCACAUGGAACUGAGCGGCUUUGUGGCCCCGCGGCACAGCGCCGCCAUCGCAGUAUCAAGAGAGACGUACUACCAGCUGAUGGGAUGCCUGGCACAGUUCUGCACCUACGACGACUACAACUGGGACUGGAGCCUGCAGCACAUCUCUGCCGCCUGCCUGGCACACCCACUCAAGGUGCUGUCUGCCCGCCUGCCGCGAGUGCUCACGCUGCCCGCCAAAGCUGAGGAUGGCGGUAUGUGCGGGCGCUACGGACCCUGCGCCAACAUGGAUGCCUCCUCCCAGGCUCUGCGGGCCAAGAUCCGGCAACUGAGUGGCCAGCUCUUCCCAAAGGCCAUCAACAUAGCCAGCCGGCAGCAGGAAAUGCGCAACCCGCCGCCCAUGAAGAACGGCGGCUGGGGGGACAUCAGGGACCACACCCUGUGCCAGUCUUAUGCCAGGCUCUAGUGCCGUGUCUCAUACCCUUCGUUCCUGACGAUGACUGAAUGCGACCAAAUCAACCCAAACCUUAAACUCCUCAGGGAUUAUUGGCGCCGCCAUUACAGCGAUCUGAGGGCGCGAUCAUAGCGCCGCGCCAUGUGGGCAUGUCAGGCGCUUGCCCCCCUUAGUUGCUGCUUACUAUGCCAAGUGCCGCCAUCUUGGCUCCUUCCGGGAGAAGAAGGAGAAAUUAGCUGAAUGGACAUUGGCAGGAAGUUCUCGCCCUGGAGACUUGAAUGCCCAUCGUGUUGCCUUAUCUGGGUCACAUGUAUUACACCACUCAUCUUUGAGCAUGCUGGGAGUUGUAGUUCUUCGACAUCUGUGUGCCUUACUUGUGACCCCACCCCUUGUCUGUUGGAGGCGGGGUCACAGCCUGACUACCCCCCCCCCAUUUCCUGGUGACCUCCCUCGUCUGUCCUCGGCCUCCGUUCACAUUCCGCUCCACCGGUCUGCCAGCAUUCUGGAGAUAAUGGCAGUGAAUCCUGGUGCCUCAUGCCUCGAUCUGCACAUACCAAAUGUUAACUGUUUACCAGGAGUCGGCGGUGCUGAGUGCGCCUCAUGCCUCAGUCCUGUAAGAUUAGAGAAUCAUAGAAAAUGUCUACUGGGCGACACCAUUGAGGUGUGAAACAUGGUGCCUCAUACCUCGGUCAUGUCAGAGGUGCUGAUUGACUUGACUCUUAUUAUGGAAGAAGCCACAUACCAAAUGCUGAGGUGUAAGGUAACAUGUGCCUCACGCCUCAGUCAUGUCAGCGGCGCUAACUGUUCAGUGUUGCUACCAGUGAGGUUUCAGGCACUAUCUGCCUCAUGCCUCAGUCAUGCUUAUUAUGGGAGAGAAGUCCGUCUAAAGCUAUUGCCCUAGAGCUGUCCUUGAGGCAUAAGGUAACACGUGCCUCAUGCCUCAGUCAUGUCGGUGGUGCCUGGGCGGGUGGCAGCCUCCGUAGUAACACCAGUGCUGACCAUUCUCCAGGUGCUGCCGAUACUAUUUAGCCAUAAUGUUACUCGGUGCCUCAUUGAUGUACUGCAGUGUUGGCUGGCGCCUCGUGCCUCAAUCAUAUCAGUGGCGCUUGUCGAUGCUGCGUGUAUACUGCACAUACCAAAUGUCACCCGUUGGGGCGUGAAGUGCUGCGUGCCUCGCACCUCCAUCUUGUAAUGUUCUGUUAUAAUUAAUAUAUUGUGAUUGAAGGAAAGAUAAAGUUUAAUCUGACGA